CUCUUCGCCCGUUUCCUCCAUCCUCGAGCCUCGUAGCACAUCAUAUAAUACACGACAAACAUCUAUAAUUCUUUGUUGACCCUAAUCUGCAUAAAUGAAUGGUCUUGACCUUCUCUCCAACGCAGCAUCUCAGCUGUCCGCCGCGCCACCUCCCGGGGGCCUGGAGGAGGGUCUCAGGACUCCCCUCAACGACAUUACCCAGCCGAACGCCUCCCAGAAGCGCCCCCCAUCCCCUCCUUUGACCGACACAACCCCUGCACCGAAGCGCCCGCGACGCACCUGUACCCAGCCAAAACCGGCAGCUUCGCCCCCCGAGCCCCCCACACCUACACCUCGAAAAAAGCGCGGACGUCCUCCGAAGAAGAGGGAAGAGGGACAGCAGCCCAAACGCGCGCCGGGACGCCCUCGCAAGGACAAGCCAGCUGCGAGCGCGGUGACCACGCCGAACGCGAAUCAAGCGCUACUCGCGGCAUCCCAGUCGGGUCUCGGGCGAUCGGAGACGGUGAAGGAUUCGCCUGCGACGCCCUCUAUCGACCGCCCUCCCUCGCCAGGUGUCGCGUCCAGCAAGCAAUCCACCGCCGGUCGAGCGAUCGGCCAGCCCUUCCCUUCGAUCAACUUCAUCUCCUACACCCCCUCCUCGUUCGACUUCGGCUCUCCCCCACCCCUAGAUCCGCCAAACAAUUCCUUCUCGUCCAGCAAUCCCCCUUCCCCUGUGGUCGCCGCUGGGGCUGCUUCCCUGGCGGAGGAGCAGCACACCGCAGCUUCUGUUGAGGGAGCCGUCCCAAAGCCCUCGCAAAAGCAGCGGAAGUACUCAGUCGCUGACAAGAGCGCCCUCCUCGAAGUCGUCCUUGGCGACAACGUGAAUGGCGACAAGAUCUUCGACAAACUUCAGGUCGCCUCGAACAAAGUCUGGCGCAUGGUGCUCGAGGCUCUUGGCGGGAAGCUUCCCAGUGGUCCUGUCACUGAGAAGCAACUCAGCAGCCUCUACAACACGCUUCUUACGACGUUCAAGCAACUCUACGAGUUCCGUAACUUCACGGGCCGUGGUGCUGAUGCGGACGACUACGACUGGGACGACGAAGAUGGUCUCGCAUUGCAUCUCCGCAACUCGAAGAGCAAGGGGUGUGCGAUCGACAAUCUCAAUGCGGCAAACAGUCGCUUGUUCGUGCGCAAAGGCUGGUAUGAUCUCUUCGUCAAUCGCUACAAGGACAACCCAAAGGUUAUACGACCGGUUGCCCGUUCUUCAGCUGCAGAGCUCAGCGAGGUGGACGACUUCGACGAAGACGACGAGGUCGAGCUCGUUCCGUCACCGACCAAAUCACGUCUACCCAAGUCCGGGAAGUUGCCGGCAUCUGCUACUGUCUCCGAGCCGAAGGGGGCCCCUCGCCGUGGCCGGCCCCGUAAGGAUGCCAAGGAGCAGACAAAGAUCGACACCUCUGGACUCAAUACUUACUUCGAGGUCAUGGCGAAGUCGGAGGAGCAGUCCGCCGCUCUACGCCAACAGAGAUACGAGCGGGUGGCGAUAGAGAAGAAGGUUGACUUGGCGCAGAAGAUCAUUGACGGUGAACGUGCGUCCCCCGGUACAUAUACCUUCCAAGUUGUGGAUAACGCCAAUCGCAUCUUGGCCGAAUUCCUUUCCCUUGGCUUCGGUGAUUCCUAAACAUACACGUACACCCUCCUUUACUUUUAUCUGCAUACCCUACUUCAAUUCGUUUAAUUCCUUGGUUCGGUGUGAUUUCUACUACUGGUAG